AGUCUACAUCCUCCAGCCACGGAACACAGCUGGUCGAGCUGGUAAUAAAUUAUACCUCCUAACUCUCCCCAUAUAUAUGAAAAACGUUAAAAUCAUAUAUAAAUUCAUCAACGAUCCCUUCUGCCACAUAGUUAUCAGAUUCUCCACGAAAAACAUAUCAUACAAGUAGUGUUUCAGUUGGAGAGACUAAAAAAGAAGUUAUCAAUGUCAAAGCUAACACUGGACGGCUUUUUUUCGUACUGCAAACAAAUAGCAGACCACAUCCAGUUGGGCGAAAGAAUGGCGUCUCUAUCCGGUAUGGGCACACCAAAACUGACAUCCGGGGUUGGUAACCUCUAUUAUGAUUCAAUUCUGCCGUACCGCGAGGACGCGAGCCCACAGACGCGCGAGUUUCUGGCGCGGGUCGUCGAUGUGCUGUUGGACUUCAUCCAACAAGUCAAUGAUAGGAACGAAAAGAUCUUGGAGUUCAAAAUGCCAGAGGAAAUGCAGAAGAUGCUAGAUCUGCAUCUGCCCGACGAGCCCCUGCCUCUAAAGCAGCUGUUGGAAGACUGCAAGACCACGCUGAAACACCAGGUGAAGACAGGGCAUCCGCACUUCUUCAACCAGCUCUCCUGCGGGCUGGACAUCAUCUCGCUCGCGGGGGAGUGGCUCACAGCCGCUGCCAACACUAACAUGUUCACCUACGAGAUCGCGCCAGUCUUCAUCUUGAUGGAAAACGUGGUGCUAGAGAAAAUGAGGAACAUGAUCGGCUGGAAGAGCGGGGACUCCAUCCUGGCACCGGGUGGCUCUGUGUCCAACCUGUACGCGUUCCUGGCGGCGCGCCACCACAAGUUCCCCCAGUACAAGGAGAAGGGGCUCACCAGUAUACCUGGACAACUUGUCAUGUUCACCUCCGAUCAGUGCCACUACUCAGUGAAGUCCUGCGCGUCCGUGUGCGGCCUGGGCACGGACUACUGCGUGUGCGUGCCGUCCGACGAGCGCGGGCGCAUGAUCCCCGCGGAGCUGGAGCGGCUCGUGCGCUACCACCGCGACCGCGGACACGUGCCUUUCUUCGUGAACGCCACGUCGGGGACGACGGUGCUGGGCGCCUUCGACCCGCUCACCGAGAUCGCAGACAUCUGCCAGAAAUACGACAUGUGGAUGCAUGUUGAUGCGGCUUGGGGAGGCGGCCUGCUGUUCUCCAAGAAGUAUCGUCAUCCAAGACUGACUGGCAUCGAAAGGGCUGACUCCGUGACCUGGAAUCCCCACAAGCUGAUGGGCACACUGCUGCAGUGCUCAACCGUGCACUUCAAAUAUGAGGGCAUCCUGCUCAGCUGCAACGCGAUGUCGGCCGAGUACCUGUUCAUGACGGACAAGAUCUACGACCCGCGCUACGACACCGGCGACAAGGUGAUACAGUGCGGCCGACACAAUGACAUAUUCAAGCUGUGGCUGCAGUGGCGCGGGAAGGGCACGUCCGGCUUCGAACGGCUGAUGGACCGGCUCAUGGAGCUCUCCGAGUACAUGGUGCGGCGCAUCCGCGAGCAGAGCGACCGCUUCCACCUCAUCCUGGAGCCGGAGAUGGUGAACGUCAGCUUCUGGUAUCUGCCCAAGCAGCUGCGUGGGGUGCCGCAUGAUAAGAACAAGGAGAUGAAACUUGGAAAGGUGUGCGCCAAGCUGAAGGGUCGCAUGAUGCAAGCGGGCACCAUCAUGGUGGGCUACCAGCCAGACGACCGCCGCCCCAACUUCUUCAGGAAUAUAAUUUCCUCCGCGGCCGUCACCGAGAAGGAUGUGGACUUCCUCCUCUCAGAAAUGGACCGCCUCGGCCAAGAUAUCAUUGUAGACUAAACUUGUUGUCCGCGGUGCGUUUGUUGUCUAUUCUCUUCUCUAUAUUUUUUAUCUGUAUUUGGCGCGCUGUCAAAACUUGUAAAUAUUUUAUUUCGGUUUUUUUUUAUCGUAAUGUUCGUAAACUUCCAUUUGUUUGUUUCAAAAGAUUUAUUACAUAAUUUUUGGGCGUUAUAUAUUAAUAAUUAAUGAAUCUGUGCCAAUGAAUGUGUGUGUAAUAUAUAUUAAAGUAGAUGUAGAUUUCUCAAUGCAACGACAUUGCUUUUAUUCCAAUAUUGUAUGGAUUUAAAGUUAUAUGAAAUGUACCGUCUAUUAAAUGUUUACCUUGUUGUUCACUUGUUGUAUUGGCAGUGAAAAUAUAGAAGUUUUUCUUAGUCUCAUUUGCAAACAAUUGAGAUAUGUGUGUGCAAUGUGUGUGCGUGUGUGAGUGUGUCUGUAUUAAUUAAUAUGACAUUUACAUAUAGAUCGCAAGUUAUUGUUUUCUGUUUUAAAAAUGCCGCAAUAUUUUUUUUUUACUUUAUACUGGCAACACAGGCUCUAGAAAUCGUAUGAAAAUAGCAGAAACAAGUAUAUUAAAACGGGAAAAAACUAGAACCCAAUAAUAUUAUGUUUCGUAACAAUGUGUAACCUAGUUAUGCCUAAAGUUCGGUUUAGAAGAGGUAAAUCGACUAUCGUUUUAUAGUUACGAUCUAAUAUAGAUACCUUACUGAUUAUACAUCUACCCUUAGGAUAGAUAAGGAAUAUUUGAUAGUUAUUCAAUGUUAAGACACUAUUUUCGAUUGUUAAAAUAUGGUAUCGAUUAGCUUCUAUAAAUAUUCUUAUAGAUAUUUAUCUGUUUAUCACGUUAUAACCUUUAAAUUUUAAACUUUCCUAAUUGUUUUGUAUAGUUUUUCAAAUAUGUUAGGUAUGUG